AUGUCGGGACGCAUUUGCAAAUUCUGGCAACGAGGCUAUUGUAAAAAUGAUACCGCCUGCCGCUUUGAGCACCCGGGCGCCAACACCAACGCGAAUUCGAAUCCGUUCGGAGCUCCUAACCCUAAUACGAACCGUUUUAGCGCCCUAAGCACAGGAGGAAAUAGGAAUCAAGAAAACCCCUACAGGAUCACUGCAGACAUUAUACGAACGGACUUGGGAAUUGAGAGGCCAUCAUGGAUGCUGUCGUGUUAUGGCCCCGGGAGAGAUGCCCCGGAACAACUAUUUGGAGGAUACCCACGGGAGCAAAGCCCUGAGGAAGUCAUGCUACAUAUUAGGGGAUCCAGUAAUCAGCAACAGGCGAUGUCGGAGAUCGCAGCUCUCAUCCAACAAGCUGAACAGCAGAACCAGACGGCGCUGAGCAACCUCGAUGGUGCAAUCGAUUUCAUCCUCGCCGCCGAUAAUAAGCAUCCCAACCGUAUAGAUAUAUGCAAGCAGAGCAACCCACAAGGUAAUACCAGUGGCAUGUUUGCAAGAGAUGCAGCGUCUGGCCCCCAGACGGGGUUUCCCAAUCCUCUCGCUUCCAAUCCCUUCUCGGCGGCUCCCCAGUCGAAUCCUCAAUCGAAUCCGUUUAGUGGUGGUACAACUUCAUUUGGCCAGCCGUCGGCGCUGGGACAAAAACCUAACCCUUUCGGUGCAGCACCGUCUGCCCCAGGAUUCGGUCAACCUUCUGCGAUGGGGGCUUCGAAACCUACGUUUGGGCAGACCUCGCAGAUGGGACCAGGCGCUCCCGCAUUCGGACAGACCUCGUCUUUGGGCCAGAAGCCGAAUCCCUUUGCAAACAAUACCUCAGGGCCAACUGGGUUUAGCCAAACUACCCAGAACGCCUUUGGACAACCGUCAGCCUUAGGGCAGAAACCGAACCCUUUUGGCGCGCCAGCACCCUCUUCCGCACCGAACCCAUUUUCCUCGGGACCAUCAACCUCGGGGCCUAAUCCAUUCGGCCAGCAACCGGUCGCCAAUCCUUUUCUCCAACCGACGAACGCGACAUCUUCUGAUCAACAGAUGGAUACCUCUGCCCCUACUCCAGCUAUCAGCAAUCCCUUUAAUCAACCAUCCUCCAACGCCUUCGCGCCACCGACUGCCAACCCAUUCACAACACAGAAGCCGUCUGCAUUCGCACCAAUAACAACUAACCCUUUCGCCCAAGCCCAGCUCCAGCCGCAAAUACAACCACAAACGCAGGGACAGGCUACUGCAGCAUCGACAGGCCCAUAUGCACCAGGUAGUACCAGACAGCACCCACUCCCUGAGAGCUAUAUAUCCAAGGCUGCGAACGGGCGUAUCGUGUCGUUCAACGGGCAGCCGGUAAUAUAUAAGUGGAAGGUGGAUGACAAAUACCAAGACGAGAUGCCCCAGGACGGUGGCACGUAUUAUCCGGCACCAGGCGUACGGAACGCGGAUGGGUCGUGGCGUAAAAUCUUCUUCCCUACCGGCCCGCCUGGCUAUAACAAGGACACAGAGCCCGACCUCACGAUGUACACCGCGAGCGUCAAGGCAGCGUAUGCUACUAUGAUGGCUACUGGCAAGUUUGAAGGAGAUAUGCCUGAAGUACCGCCUCUGAGGGAAGAUUGCGUCUGGAACUUUUGA